CGGCCCGCCGCCGCGGUCCCUGCGCUCUCCCGCCGCCGCCGCCGCCGCACGCCCCGCCGGCCGGCCUCUCCUGUCCGCGGCGGCGGCUUCCGCCCGCGUCGCUGCGCAACCGGAGGAAACGGAAGAAGGCGCAGGCCAUGGAGGGGAACCGGGAUGAGGCGGAGAAAUGUGUGGAGAUCGCCCGGGAGGCGCUGAACGCCGGCGACCGCGAGAAGGCCCAGCGCUUCCUGCAGAAGGCCGAGAAGCUCUACCCGCUGCCCGCGGCCCGCGCACUAUUGGAAGUAAUUAUGAAAAAUGGAAGCACAGCUGGAAAUAUUCCUCAUUGCCGAAAACCAUCCAGUAGUGGUGAUCAGAGCAAGCCUAACUGCACGAAGGACAGCACGUCUGGCAGUGGUGAAGGUGGAAAAGGCUAUACCAAAGACCAAGUGGAUGGAGUUCUCAGCAUAAACAAAUGUAAAAAUUACUAUGAAGUACUUGGAGUUACGAAAGAUGCUGGUGAUGAAGAUUUGAAAAAAGCUUAUAGAAAGCUUGCUUUGAAGUUUCAUCCAGACAAAAACCAUGCACCUGGAGCAACAGAUGCUUUUAAAAAGAUUGGAAACGCUUAUGCUGUUUUAAGCAAUCCAGAAAAACGAAAACAGUAUGAUCUCACAGGCAGUGAAGAACAAGCUUGUAAUCACCAAAACAAUGGCAGAUUUAAUUUCCAUAGAGGUUGUGAAGCUGAUAUAACUCCAGAAGACUUGUUUAAUAUAUUUUUUGGUGGGGGAUUUCCUUCAGGUACUGUACAUUCAUUUUCAAAUGGACGAGCUGGUUAUAGCCAUCAACAUCAACAUCGACAUAGUGGACAUGAAAGAGAAGAAGAAAGAGGAGAUGGAGGUUUUUCUGUGUUUAUCCAGCUGAUGCCCAUUAUUGUAUUGAUCCUCGUGUCAUUAUUAAGCCAAAUGAUGGUCUCUAAUCCUCCUUAUUCCUUAUAUCCCAGAUCUGGAUCAGGGCAAACCAUUAAAAUGCAGACAGAAAAUUUGGGUGUUAUUUAUUAUGUCAACAAGGACUUUAAAAAUGAAUAUAAAGGAAUGUUAUUACAGAAGGUAGAAAAGAGUGUGGAAGAAGAUUAUGUGACUAAUGUUCGAAAUAAUUGCUGGAAAGAAAGACAACAAAAAACGGAUAUGCAAUAUGCAGCAAAAGUAUACCGCGAUGAUCGGCUCCGAAGGAAGGCAGAUGCCUUGAGCAUGGACAACUGCAAAGAAUUAGAGCGGCUAACCAGUCUGUAUAAAGGAGGAUGAACUGGAAUUUUAAUUUAUACCUUUACUCUAUUUUUUCUGUAAGUUUAGUAUCAUCAUGAGAGAUGAAGACAAAGAUUUAUAUUAAAAACUUAUCUGAGUGGUUGGUUCCCAAAAUCUUAGACUGUUAAUGACCUACUGGCUCCUUUAAAUAGUAAGAACUGAAAACUAAAAUUAAUAUUUUAGUUAUGCUUCUACAGUUAUUUUCAUUUCAAAGCUUACAUGAUUCCUAACUAAAAAUGUCUUGAGAGAGGAUUGUCACACCUGUAGCAAUUUCUAGUUUUAGUGAUUCUCCAUCUUUUCCCUUGUCAUGUAAAUAUUUAAGGAAUGAUCAUUUUGUGUAACAUAAAGUUUAUUGCCUUUUUAUUUAAAUUCUUUUGUGUUUAGCUCCAUGAGACACUUCAGUUUAAAUUAAUGGAAUAAAUGUUAUAUGACACAAUUACAUUUUCUUUGUUAAGGUGUCAAAAUAUGUGGAGUUUAAACAAAGAAACUUUUUCAAAAAGAAAAAAAAUUGUUUAACUUUCUGUAAAAUCUUAUAGCAUUAUCAGCUUAGAGGGAAUUGAUAUUUUUCAUAUUGCCAUUAUAUUCCAAUAUAUAUAUUGAGAUAAAUGAACUGGUGUAGAGUAUCAGUUUACUAUUUAGUUUUAUGAAUUGCUAUACAUAUACAUGCAUAGAAAUGAAAUGUUAUACUGAUAGAUUUUAAUAAAGAAAAUAUGAGGAAAUGGCUAUGAAUAUUAAAUUAAAAGGGUCUUUUCGACAGUAAAGUGCAGUUCUGCCAUUUGCAAUUCCAGUAAUUAAAAGGCCUCCAAAUGUUCAUGUAUAUGUCUUUGAAGGCUGCUAAAAUUUAUUCUUUACAAAAAGGACCCACCUAAUUUUUCCCCUACAGAAAUUUGCAAUUUCUAAGUAAUCAUUUAAGCAGGAUCCAAAAAUAUAUGGGUUCUUUUACAAAUAAGAAAAUUAUUACUAAAAUAUAGCUUUGUGCCUUUUAACCCUAUUGCCAACUUUUAAACAUAUAAUUAGAUUACAGUAUCUGGCCACAUGCAAUAGUAAGCAGGUAUAAUAGUGAUUUAAAGCAAGUCAUCUUUAAAAAAUUCUGAGCUAAAAUCUACUCACCAUUGAAAAAUUCAAGUAAUCCUAUAGGAAUAAGCUCCUUGUAAUAACUAAAUCCACAUAAAAUUAGGAAAAAACAGCUGGAAAUUGAAGUUUUGGGUGCCUGUAUAUUAGAUACAAAAGUUUUGAUUUCUAGUCUUCUUUGUUUAACAGUUGUAAUUUUUUAAUGAUUUUGCUUCAUACUCAGUUAAUGGAACAUGAACAUAUCUUUGGUAGUUUUUUUGUGAGCAAGAAAAUGCUAGAUAGAGUGGCUUUGCUUUUUUGUUUAAAAAUUUUUUUCUGAAUGUAGUUAAUUUAUGGCAUCUGCUGAAUAAGACUGCUGACAUGAUCUCUUAAAAAUGUUCUUGUAUCCCCUUUUCCAGGUGAAUCAGUAGAAAUGCCUGAUUGAAUUAGUAGGUUAAACUAAACACACCACUGUACUAGGAAAACUGGACAACUUAACCAACUUGCUUUUAGAAAUGUGACCUU